GAGAGCGCUAGAGCGCUGGUGUCGCCAUGGCAACUAAGCGAGUGGACUGGUCCUGGAGACUGGAGGGAAGCAAGGAGAAAGCGAGGGAGUGGGCACCGUGGGCUCCGCGCGGGGCCAGGGACGGGAGCUGGGUCUCCGGGGAGGAGUUAGGGAACACCGGGCAAUUCUCACUGUUGGUUCCUGGUGACGCAGUGAGCUCGUGUGUUUGCGAGUGUGUGUAUGCGAGUUUUCCGAGGUGAGUGUGUCAGUGCGUGUCUGGGUUUGUGCAUGUGUGUGAGUGCGCACGUGGGCACAGGCGUGUGGGCGGGAGUGCCGGUGCAAGAUGCGGGUGCUAGCCUGCGUGCUCGUGAUUUGUAUGCGUGCACUCGUGUGCUUCUCUAAGUGUGCCCGGGCGGGUGCCGGCGGAAGAGUCCGUCCCCUCCCCAGCCCUGUCCGUCCCUCCCUGCCCCCCCCCCCCCCCCCCCCCCGCCGCCGGCGCCGGCUGCCUCCGCAUCUCCACCUCGCUCACCCCCUCCUCCCGCACUUUCUCCGGCUCUCUCUCCCUCUCCGCGCGCACAGCCGGACUCCGCGCUCUUCUCGCUGGCCACCUUAGGAAUCACCACCGCCCAGCUUGCACCCGUCGUCCCCCAGUGCUUGGGCACCUGUUGGAAGCACUGAGACAGACAGGGGUGCUGCAUGAGGGGCCGCAGGGGUGAUCGCAUGGCCAUCAGCAUCCAGGAGCACAUGGCCAUCAACGUGUGCCCCGGGCCCAUCCGGCCUAUCCGCCAAAUCUCUGACUACUUCCCCCGCCGGGGACCAGGACCUGAAGGGGGCUGUGGGGGCUUUGGGGAGGCCCCUGCUCGGCUGGCCCCCCUGGCCCUCGCUCCCCCUGCAGCCCUCCUUGGAGCCACCACGCCUGAGGAUGGAGCUGAGGUGGACAGCUAUGACUCGGAUGAUGCCACUGCCCUGGGCACGCUGGAGUUCGACCUUCUCUAUGACCAGGCCUCCUGCACUUUGCACUGUAGUAUCCUCAGGGCCAAGGGCCUCAAGCCCAUGGAUUUCAAUGGCCUGGCCGACCCCUACGUCAAACUGCACCUACUGCCUGGAGCCUGCAAGGCCAAUAAACUGAAAACUAAGACUCAGAGGAACACUCUGAAUCCCGUGUGGAACGAGGACCUGACGUAUAGUGGAAUCACGGAUGAUGACAUCAGCCACAAGGUGCUCAGGAUCUCCGUGUGUGAUGAGGACAAGCUGAGCCACAAUGAGUUCAUCGGGGAGAUCCGUGUACCCCUCCGCCGCCUCAAGCCUUCACAGAAGAAGCAUUUUAAUAUCUGCCUCGAGCGCCAGGUCCCGCUGGCUUCACCCUCUUCCAUGUCAGCGGCGCUGAGGGGCAUCUCCUGUUACCUGAAGGAGCUGGAGCAGGUGGAACAGGGACCUGGGCUGCUGGAAGAGCGAGGACGCAUCCUGCUGAACCUCAGCUAUAGCUCGCCUCGCCGGGGGCUGCUGGUGGGCAUUGUGCGCUGUGCCCACUUGGCUGCCAUGGAUGUCAAUGGCUACUCUGACCCCUAUGUUAAGACGUACCUGAGGCCGGAUGUGGAUAAGAAAUCCAAACAUAAAACAGGUGUGAAGAAGAAGACUCUCAACCCAGAAUUUAAUGAGGAGUUUUUCUAUGAGAUGGAGCUCUCAGCUCUGGCCACCAAGACUCUGGAAGUCACAGUCUGGGACUAUGACAUUGGCAAAUCCAACGACUUCAUUGGUGGCGUGUCCCUGGGGCCAGGCGCCCGGGGAGAGGCCCGGAAGCAUUGGAGUGACUGUCUGCAGCAGCCAGACACAGCCCUGGAGCGCUGGCACACCUUGACCAGUGAACUGCCCCCUGCGGCUGGGGCCCUGCCCUCAGCCUGAGCGAUGGGUGCAGCUGCCCAGCAUUGGCCCCUUGGGGCCGGGUCCCAUACCCAACCUUCGCACGAGUGUGUUGCACGUUUACACAGGGUGGAUGCCCUACCCCAUACUACCUGUCUUAUUUUGUGAGAGUCUCUGUGACUAUGGGUCUGUCUUCUUGUGAGGGACCAUGAAGAUCUGUAUUCACAUAUGCAAACUUCCUCCUGCCUGACUCGCUACUACAUGCAAAUAUGCAAACCACCCAGCCUGUGCACACCUGCAGCUGGAGUCCUGCCUGGCCCCAGCCCCAGCCUGGCUGCUGCUCCUCUCUCUGGCCUCUCCAUGCUGCCCGUCCCCUCCACCCACAAGGAGGAGGUCGGAUUAGGGGGGGUUUGAAGGAGGACAAAGUUUCCAAAAAGAAAAGGACAAAAACCAAAACAGAGCCACUCAUUUAAUAAAGAAUCUUUGUUUAAAAAACAAAACAAAACAUAACACAACACCUAGCCCUGUACAGCUGCCCUUUUAAAAAGGUGGGGGGGAGCGUGGGGGCACACCGCAGGGUCUCCGCCCCUCCCGGAAGUGGCAGGUAUUCCCAGCCAGUCAUUUAAAACACCUGCCCCCACGUUGGGGCCAGGAUGUGAGGGCAGACCCCUGCCCUGGUGAGGUCCCCCUUCCAGGGGACUUUUGUGCAUGUUUACACCUUUUCCGAUUGUGUCAGUGGCCGCAGCAUGGCAACUGGGCAUCAAUAAACGUCUCU